GUAGACGUCUUACGCAGUGACAUUAAAGCAAGAUGGCCGCGCCCUGCAGAUUUUCUCGUGUUGCGUAAGGUUUUUUGACCGUCACUCGUGUCAGCUUCAAAGUCAGAUAGAUUUUCUCCUAGCAUGUUCUACUUACGAGGCUGUGGCCGUUGGGUCGCGGCUUCCUUCACCAAGCAGCAGUUUCCAUUGGUACGGUUGAGCAGUGACAGCGCGGCGCCCCGGACUCCGCAUUUCGACGUGAUAGUCAUUGGUGGAGGACAUGCCGGGACUGAGGCAGCCACCGCCGCAGCUCGGUGCGGCUCUCGGACUCUGCUCCUCACUCACCGCGUGGACACAAUCGGUCAGAUGUCAUGUAAUCCUUCCUUUGGUGGCAUCGGCAAGGGACAUUUAAUGAGGGAAGUAGAUGCCUUGGAUGGCCUGUGUUCUCGCAUCUGUGACCAGUCUGGUGUACAUUAUAAAGUUUUAAACCGGCGUAAGGGACCGGCUGUGUGGGGUCUGAGAGCUCAGAUUGAUAGGAAACUCUAUAAACAGAACAUGCAGAAAGAAAUCUUGAAUACACCACUGCUUACUGUUCAGGAGGGAGCUGUAGAAGAUCUUAUUCUUACAGAACCAGAGCCUGAACACACUGGGAAAUGCCGUGUCAGUGGGGUUGUUUUGGUGGAUGGAAGCACAGUAUAUGCAGAGAGUGUGAUUCUGACUACUGGGACAUUUCUGAGAGGCAUGAUUGUAAUUGGAUUGGAGAUGCAUCCAGCAGGACGUUUAGGGGAUCAGCCUUCUAUAGGAUUGGCUCAGACGCUGGAGAAGUUAGGGUUUGUGGUGGGAAGGUUGAAGACUGGGACUCCACCCCGAAUUGCCAAAGACUCCAUUAAUUUCAGUAUUCUAAACAAGCAGACACCGGACAAUCCAUCCGUACCAUUCAGCUUUACCAAUGAGACAGUAUGGAUUAAGCCAGAAGAUCAGCUACCAUGUUACUUGACUCACACUAACCCUAAAGUGGAUGAGAUUGUCCUUAAGAACCUUCACCUUAAUAGUCAUGUUAAGGAAACAACAAGAGGACCUCGAUACUGUCCCUCCAUUGAAUCAAAAGUUUUGCGUUUUCCAAACCGUCUACAUCAGGUUUGGUUGGAACCUGAAGGAAUGGAUUCUGACCUUAUCUACCCACAGGGGUUAUCUAUGACGCUACCAGCUGAAUUACAAGAGAAAAUGAUCACAUGCAUCAGAGGCUUGGAGAAAGCUAAAGUGAUUCAGCCAGGCUACGGUGUUCAGUAUGAUUACUUAGAUCCCCGUCAGAUCACUCCUUCCCUGGAGACUCACUUGGUUCAACGACUCUUCUUUGCUGGACAGAUCAAUGGCACCACUGGUUAUGAAGAAGCUGCAGCUCAAACAGAGUCUUGCCCUGUUGCCAGGCUGGAGUGCAGUGAUAUGAUCUCCCAGGUUCAAGCGAUCCUCCUGCCUCAGCCCUCCUUAGUAGCUGGGACUGCAGGCAUGCACCACAACACCCAGCUAGGUGUGAUAGCUGGAAUCAAUGCCAGUCUUCGGGUCAGUCGCAAGCCUCCCUUUGUGGUUAGCCGAACAGAAGGUUACAUAGGAGUCUUGAUUGAUGACCUCACCACUCUGGGCACCAGCGAACCAUAUCGCAUGUUUACCAGCCGAGUAGAGUUCCGUUUGUCACUGCGCCCUGAUAAUGCUGACAUCCGGCUCACGCUGCGAGGGUAUAAAGACGCUGGCUGUGUGUCCCAACAACGAUAUGAAAGAGCUUGUUGGAUGAAGUCUUCUUUAGAAGAAGGCAUUUCUGUGUUGAAAUCUAUUGAGUUUUCGAGCUCUAAAUGGAAGAAUUUAAUCCCAGAGGUUUCUAUAAGUACUAGUAGAAGUCUGCCUGUCAGAGCUCUUGAUGUUCUGAAGUAUGAGGAAGUUGACAUGGAUUCAUUAGCCAAGGCUGUUCCAGAGCCCUUGAAGAAGUAUACUAAAUGUAGAGAGCUGGCUGAAAGACUGAAAAUAGAAGCCACUUAUGAAUCAGUGUUGUUCCAUCAGCUACAAGAAAUAAAGGGAGUUCAGCAAGAUGAAGCUCUCCAACUGCCAAAAGACAUAGAUUAUUUGACUAUCAGGGAUGUGUCUUUGUCCCAUGAAGUUCGAGAGAAACUACAUUUUAGUCGUCCGCAGACGAUCGGGGCUGCUAGUCGUAUACCUGGAGUAACACCUGCUGCCAUCAUCAAUCUGCUGAGAUUUGUGAAGACCACUCAACAAAGACAGGCAGCUAUGAAUGAAUCACUCAAGACUGAUCAAUGCUUACGUGAUGCAGAUAGACUUCAAGAGAGACAGUUAUAGCUUUCAAUUCAUAAAAGAUUUUUAAAGAGCAUGUAAAUAAUUUGAUCAAUAUACAAGAGUGUAGAUAAAAGAAUUAUUUAGCACAUGUUAAAAUAGCUUUAUUAGGUUACUUUGGGUUUGCCAUUAAUUUACGAAUGGGAUAGAAAUUAUAAUUGUGCUUUUUUGUGUAUAUGAAAAACCUAGUUGUAAACAAUUUGUAUUCUUUCUUUAAGGAGCUCUAAUACAAUAACUUUGUGCAGUGUUCAUCAAAGAGAGAAAUAGUGAACCUAAAACUAAACCUGGAAAAAAACUCAAUAUGCAGAUUUGCCUACUCAUAGGGACUUUGCCUGUUAAGUCUACCAAAUUAAAAGUCGUAUCAUUCAA